AUGUCGGCCGCCGCCCCAUCAUCGCCCGCCGUCGUGCGCAACUCUUCUUCGUCGCGCAGAUCCAUCGACCGCCCCCAUCGCUCCCAGAGCCAGAGCCAGCCCACCGCCAGCCGCGCGCCCGCCCGCCAUCAGCCAGGCGGCCUCCCCAACGUCGCCCGCCGAGACUACGAGCAGAGCAACGUCGCCCACGAGCAGCCUUCACCGCAGCCCUCACGACGCAGCGAAGACCCAGGCCGCACCGAAGCCACCCGCCGGAGCCACACGCGGUAUGCGUCUGACGCGUCGACGACUUCCGCAAUGCCCGUCAAUGGCGUAGCUGCCGAAGCCAGGCCGGGCCAGCCUCAGCCCGUCAACAAGCGCAGGACCACCAUCACCGCACCCAGCACCGGAACAUGGGCCCUCGGAAAGACCAUUGGCGCCGGCAGCAUGGGAAAGGUCAAGCUGGCCAAGAAUGCCGAGACCGGGGAGCAGGCCGCCGUCAAGAUCGUCCCGCGACAAUCCCAAGACCAGCACCAGAGCGCCGCCGACCGCGAACGAGCCGACCACUCCAAAGAAGUCCGAACCGCCAGAGAGGCUGCCAUUGUCAGUCUGCUGAACCAUCCCUACAUAUGCGGCAUGAAGGAUGUCGUGCGCACAAACUUCCACUGGUACAUGAUGUUCGAGUUCGUCAAUGGUGGACAGAUGCUCGACUACAUCAUCUCCCAUGGCCGCCUCAAGGAAAAGCAGGCGCGCAAGUUCGCUCGACAGAUUGCCAGCGCCCUGGACUACUGCCACAGGAACAGCAUUGUCCACCGGGAUCUCAAGAUUGAGAAUAUCCUUAUCAGCAAGAUGGGCGACAUCAAGAUUAUUGACUUUGGACUGAGUAACUUGUUCUCGCCUAGGAACCAGCUCAAGACAUUCUGUGGAAGUCUGUACUUUGCCGCCCCCGAACUCCUCCAGGCCAAACAAUACACUGGCCCGGAGGUCGACGUCUGGAGUUUUGGCAUUGUGCUGUACGUGUUGGUCUGCGGAAAGGUGCCGUUCGAUGACCAGAGCAUGCCACAGCUCCAUGCCAAGAUUAAGAAGGGUCAUGUCGAUUAUCCUCCAUGGUUGUCCGCAGAAUGCCGCAACCUCAUCCACCGAAUGCUGCAAACUGACCCCACCCAGCGACUGACCCUCUCGGAGAUCAUGAGCCAUCCCUGGCUUACCAAGGGAUUCAACAGCCCUCCCGAAAACUACCUGCCCCACAGAGAACCCGUGCAACUACCUCUGGACAGCGAGAUCAUUGAGAAGAUGCAGGGAUUCGACUUCGGUACAACGGAGUACAUCACCACGCAACUGACCAACGUGAUUCAGUCAGAGGAAUAUCAACGCGCUGUGCGAACAGCCGCCCGCAAGGCGACUGCACAGACACCAGAAGCGGAGAAGAAGAAGGGCAUAUUCGACUUUUACAAAAGACGCACUUCAAUCGGAAGUCGAGAGCAGCUGACUGCGUCGUCAUCCGAGGACAUUCAGCGGGGAAUGGAUCCAGUCAACGCAUACAGUCCUCUCCUCUCAGUCUACUUCCUGGUCAAGGAGAAGAGAGAUCGUGAACGGCAGGAAGCCAACCCAGGUCCUGUUGCCAUGCCCCAGGAGCCGGACGAAAAACCCUUGAAAAUGCCAGAUCUUCCGCCACCGCCAGCGGCAUACACCAACUCAGCUGCCUACGAGAUGGCUGGCGAAAAGCCCACAGGUGGAAGGUCGCGACCAAGGGCAAGGACCCACGGUGAAGAUGACAUCACCGAAGGUCUGAAACGAGUCGACCUAAAUAACCCGCCCCCGGUGUUGCCGCCUCAGGUUGAGCAACCGAAGAAAGAGGGUGCUGCCGUAGGUCUGUUGCGCCGCUUCAGUACCAGAAAGUACAGGAGUCAUGAGAAGGACCGGACCGUUGAGCCCUUGCCUCCGCCAACUCCAGCAGUCGCAAUUUCCAGUCCCGCCGAACCCGCACCGACCCCAGCGCCAGCCACCGUGCCGAGAAAGAGCUUCAGCAUUCGAAGACCGCGCGGUCGCGAAGGAGGUUCUGCCUCGUAUCUCCCAGACAGCGCCAACAAUCAACCCGAGCUACUCUCACCUCCCGGGACUGGUAACAGCGCUGCGCGGAAACUAAAGGCACUCGGUCGCUCCACCAGCGUCAACUCGGCUGAUCUCCGGAGACGACUCAGUCGACGCGGUCGAUCUUCGGAAGACCCUGGAAACCCUCCGCCCACGAGUGGAUCAGACAGAACAGAUAGAUCCGAGCUGAGCGCGAACAAAGUUCGGCCAAACACCGAUGCUGCUUCCGACGAUCUCACUUCGAGCCCGCGGCCCAUGCAAGCUUCCCGAGCGAAAUCGCUGGGCCAUGCGCGAAGAGAAAGCAUUCAAGCGAGGAGGAUGAAGAGGGAGGCAGCAAAGGAAGCCAACGUACCCGAAGAGACAGAUGCAGAGCUUGCAGAAGCGCAAGCAGAAGCUAGUCGGAGUCCAGAUGCUGUGAAGCCUGUGUUCCUCAAAGGUCUUUUCAGCGUCUCAACGACAAGCACCAAGCCCCUUCCCAUCAUUCAGGAUGAUCUAAUAAGGGUGCUCGACCAGCUGGGUGUUGAGUGGACCGAAGUCAAAGGUGGCUUCCGAUGUCGACAUGCACCUAGCAUCGACAUGAACAAACCCAUGGACUCGCCAGCGUCCCCACCGAGCGGAGGACACAAGAGAAAGAUCAGCUUCGGCGGCUUCAUGGGUGGUGACAGAGAUCGCGACGAGUUCCGAGACAACCACCGAGCACCCGGGACACCGAAAUCGCGAUCACGGCCAUCGCCUGCGGAUCAAAGCUACACGAAUACCGAUGAGUCUGACGGCAGCGAAGAACGCGACGAGCGACGACCACGACGCGCAUUAGCGGCGGGCGAAACAUCGACGCAGGUGCAGAGCGACAUGGGCUCUAGCAUGAGUCUGGUGUUUGAAAUCUUGAUCGUCAAGGUUCCGCUGUUGACGCUGCACGGAAUCCAGUUUAAGAAAGUGGAUGGGGGCACAUGGCAGUACAAGAAUAUGGCUCAGACUAUUCUAUCGGAGCUAAGACUUUGA